UCAUAGCUUGCUACCAAAAAGUGCCAGCUGGCACACUCUGAAUUCCGCUGUUCGCAAUUUAUAUAUAAACCCGAACAAUAGGGGCGCGUGAGCUCCACCUUCUCAACGGUCUCACUCUGACACACUCUCCCUCCCUUCGCUUCCUUCUGCAACCUCUCUCUGCGGUUCUUCCCUCACCACACCACUUUUUUCUUCUUCUUUUUUCUGUUUCUGUUUCACAGUAAUAGGGUUUUAGGGUUCAUCUUCUUCCCGCACAUUUCAAUGCCGGAGAAGUCCAGGAAGGUACCUUUUACGGAACAAGACUCAGCAAAGCUCCUAGAAAGCAGGUAUGAUGCAACGACGGUGUUAACUUUGCUUCAGGAACUUGCGCACUAUCCUCACGCGAAGAUCGAUUGGAAUGAGUUGGUGAAGAAUACAUCAACUGGCAUUUCCACCGCCAGAGAGUAUCAGAUGGUGUGGCGCCACUUAGCCUACCGUCAUGCCCUUGCUGAAAAUCUUGAAGAUGGUGCUCAACCUCUGGAUGAUGAUAGUGACCUAGAGUGCGAGCUGGAAGUAUCGCCUCCAGUAAGUGCUGAAGCUGUGUCAGAGGCUGCAGCAUGUAUGAAGGUAAUGAUUGCAUCUCGUACGCUGAGUGAAUCAACCCCUAGUAGCUCAACGAUUGAGGCUCCAUUGACUAUAACUGUUCCGGUUUGCCGUGGAUCUGGAACUCCUAGUGGAAGUUCACAAUCAUCUAAAUUGAUGCAAGGGACAAAUGUUAUUUUUCCGGUUACUGUUCAGAGACAAACACUGCCAACUGCACCAUCAACAGAUGGUGUUGAGACCAAGGGAUUAGGUGGUGGCAACAUGGCUUCCAAAAGGAAGAGAAAAGCAUGGUCAGAGGAAGAGGACAUCCAGUUACGAGCAGCUGUUCAGAGAUUUGGUGAAGGAAAUUGGGCUAACAUGGCCAAAGGAGAUAACUUUCCUAUUAAGAGAAGUCCUACUCAAUUGGCUCAGAGGUGGAGCAUUUUAAGAAAGAAAGAUGGAACUGCCAAUUCGGGAACCAUCGUGACCAGCACAACUUAUACUACUGCCGAACAACUGGCAACUCGUCAUUCAUUAUCUUUAGCCCUUGAUAUGCCAUUCAAGAAGUUAACUGCUCCUGGAACUGCUGAUCAAGCUAAGACAUCCUUAACAAGUAAAACCCAAGUGCAACAUACCACUACAGCAACAACAAUACAAAGUAGUUUACCACCACAUCAGCAAUCAAUGCUCAGAGGUAAUCCAACUCCAAAUCCUGCAUUAAAAGCUACUGCGGUUGCACAAGUAAGAAAUGCUGUGCCUGGAACAAGUAUUUCAUUGGCAAAACCAUCCACUUCUGCUGGUAUGUCUUCAGAAUCGGAGGUACAAGCUCGCACUAGUUCAAGUGUUGCACAUGUUCCCCCUCAGUCUGUACGCAUUCCAUCUCAGUCUGCACCUGCACCCUCCCAGUCAACUGCUCCCAUCACAUCUCCGUUAUCAUGCUCUAGUACCGUUAAAGCCGCCUCUUCUACGGUACCUGUAUUGCCUGAGAAGGACAAACCCGUUACCCCUACCCUUGUGGUUAACAAAGUUCCAAUAAAGCAAGAAGUUAAUACUACAGAUGAAUUGCGAAAUUCAAAGCCUAGCCCGGCACCAAAAGAGAUGGUUCAAAAUGAUGAGAAAUCAACUCAAGACAAGAGCAUGAAUAUUCCCGUUAGAGAGAGGGUUACUUCUCUUGUGGGAAGUACAAGAAAGGAGGAAGUAGCAGAAGAUAAAGCAGUGCCAAAAAAUCAAGUCAAGUCUGAAGAUGAUGGAAACAAGGGGAGCCAUGAGUUAGAUAAAGAAAAGAGCAAAAUUUCAAUUAAUGGAAGAUCUCAGGAUCAAAAGAUGGAUGAGAAGCAAGAAAAUUUGCAGAACUAGUGACAGUUGGUUCAGUUGUUGACUGAUUUAGCUUGUGCAAAGAAUAGGUUUUCUUUCUUUUUAUUGUUGCUGUUCUAUAGUAUGCUGAGCUCUAACUUUUUAAGGUCGAAGUCAACCUUAGGAAUUUGUGGAAGAUCACCUAAUCAUCUACAGCAAAAUCUUGUAAUAUCUAGAAGUCUUGUUUGAUGGUAAAUAUAUUUUAAUUUUUCCUUUGUUA